GAGAGCGAGGUGGGGCAGCAUGGUAAUUAAGCAAAACCGCGUAGGGCAUUGCCCAUUAGGAGGAGUCAGCCAGACAAGCAAGCCACCCUCUGCUACCGCUUCUCAUCCAUCAUGUCGAAUGAACUAAAAAACUAUGAUGUUUUUCUCAAUUUUCAUGGCAAAGAUUCCGGUUACACCUUCACUGGUACUCUCUAUAAUGCUUUGCGCAGCAAGAGAAUCAAGACCUUUUUCACAAAACAUGAAUAUGGUCGUAAACUACACACUGAUGACAGCCACAUUCCACCCUUUACUCUUAAAGCAAUUAAGGAAUCAAGGAUUUCGGUGGUUGUUUUGUCGGAAAACUAUGCAUCCUCCUCAAGAUGUCUUGAUGAACUUGUGGCCAUCCUUGAGUGUAAAAGGACGAUAAACCAACUGGUGUGGCCCAUCUUUUACAAAGUGGAUCCGUCGCAAGUAAGGCACCAGAAAGGUAGCUAUGGAGAACACAUUUGUAAUUUUAAAAAUUUUUUUAGAGAUUACAACGAUUCCAAUGAGAGGGUGAAGCAAUGGAGAGCAGCUUUAUCUGAAGUCAGCAAAUUGAGUGGAUGGCUUUACAAUGAUCGGAGGUCCCAGUACGAAUAUGAAUUCAUCGAAAGGAUCGUGGAAUCAACCGUGCAAGCCUUGCCCGGAUAUGAUGUUUUUCUGAGUUUUACCGGAGAGGAUACCCGCUACACUUUCACAGGUUUUCUCUAUAAUGCCUUUCGCCGAGAGGGAUUCAAAAUCUUCAUGGAUGAUGAGGAAUUGGAGAGUGGGAACCAAAUUUCACAGAAGCUUAUGAGAGCAAUUGAGAGUUCAAAGAUUUCAAUUGUUGUGCUCUCUGAAAACUAUGCAUAUUCCACCUGGUGUCUUGAUGAACUUGCCAAGAUCAUUGAGUGUAUGAAGACCAACAAUCAAAUGGUUUGGCCAAUAUUUUACAAUGUGCAAAAGUCGGAUGUAUGCAAUCAAACAAAAAGUUAUGGUGAAGCCAUGACUGAACAUGAAAAAAGAUUUGGAAAGGACUCUGAGAAGGUGCAGAAAUGGAGGUCUGCUUUGUCUGAAAUCAAAAACUUGGAAGGAGACCAUGUCAAACAAAAUGAGUACCAACAUGAAUUAAUCGAAAGGAUUGUGGAAAAGGUCAUUAAAAUUGAAGGUAGCAAGCAUACAGCAAAUCCUUUCCUUUUAUCCAAUGACAGCUACGAGGAAGAAUGAGUGAAAGAGGGUCAAAUAUAUGCUGUGGAGCUGUGAAACUAACUGAUUGUAACCUCUAUAACUGCCCUUGAAUUCAUUUGUUCCUAUCAAUGUUGUUUUUACAUCCAGUUCAAUUCCUAAGGUUUAUUGUAUUCCUUCUAAAUCUUGUUUCAAUUCUCGAGGUCUGUUGUGAUUUUUCUACAUCUUGUUUCAAUGUUUUGUGUUGAUUAGAUGAAAAAAAAAGUGGUAAUAUUUUUUGUCA